AUGAAAAUUCUUGGAUCUCGAUUCUUUUCAACUUUGGAAAAAAGUGCUUCUGCCACUGUUAUUCAGCAGAAGUUUAGAGACUCAAUGGCUACCAUGGGCAGCCAGGCCAUGAUCUUGACAUCGGCUGGUCCGACAAGCAUGCCGCACUCUUCGUUCCGGGGUGUGACGCUCAGUUCUGUAAGCUCGUUAUCACUGAAACCGCAGCCAAUGCUGCAAUUCAACUUGCAACUCCCGUCUUUUACGUCGGAGUCGCUGCAUGCACACAAUUAUUUCGCAAUACACCUUUUGAAACCUGAUUCUAGAUCCAAGGCCUUGGCCAGGACCUUCAGCAAGGGAGCCACGACGCACCACGACAGUGGGAAAAUUAUUCCUACACAGCCUUUCAAAGACCUAACUGAAUCUGUGCAUUACAGCACUUACAAGUUGAAGUUAAAUGAAUUGGUAAUUCCGAUGCUGGCAAACGCAGAGCGCGUGUUUAUAUGUCAAAAGAAAGAUGUGUUCAAAGUCGGGGACCAUGAGGUUUGGAUAGGCAUUGUCGAGGACAUCAUUGAAAAUAAUACGCUGGGCGCUACAAAAAUUACUGGGGGGCUGAUCUACUGCAACAGAAAAUUUCAUAAACUUGGUGGGCACAUUGAAUGA